AUGGAAUAUUCCGAGCCAGCAUCUCCCAGCAGCAGUCAUGCACCUAACCAUGACUCGAUGGUCACCGUCGCGUUGUCCGAUAACCAAUCCAGUUCAGAGCACAUCCAACCGGAUUGGCGCACUCUUGACAUCCCUCCAACCCCAGUGGAGAUAAGCCAUCUUGAGAAGGAGAGUGAGGAGUCCUUGGAACCGGCGCCACUGGCGAGGACCACCCCCAAUCCCCAAUCCCUAGGCGCGGACAGGGGGAGACAGACAGGCGACAUGUUUGACAAUGAAACGGAUUGGGAGACACUAGAUAAGACAGAAGAACAAGAACCGCGUGGGGAGGGGUCUGACGAAUCCACGGCCCUACUCCUCGCUCGACUCGAACAAGAAAACAAUGCUUUGGCGACCAAUCCCAAGUCCAGGAUACCCAAGGUUCCUAAGGGCAAGAUACACCAGCGGCAGUCCCGGGCCGAGUCACUACACCACAUCAAGCGACUUAUUAGGGAUCCCACUCGGGCAGAGCUACGAUACUCGCAGUUGCCCCCUCCUCCAAUGACCGAGUUGGAGUUCUGGGCUGCACUUGUUGCCGAUUACCACCAGACUGCCCAGCGUUUGCCAACAUUGACAUCGAACAAAGUUAAACAAGGUGUGCCUCCGCCAUUGCGAGGAGUGGUGUGGCCUAGCCUGGCGGGUGCACGAGAUCCCAAUCUGUUGAGUGAAUUCCAGAGACUUUCGGGUGAAAGCAGUCCGUACGAUGGGCUUAUUGGAAAAGAUAUUGGCCGCAGCUUUCCUAAUGUUGAAAUGUUUCGCGACCCGAACGGCGAGGGUCAACAAAUGCUCGGUCGAGUGUUGCGAUGCUUCAGUCUUUACGAUACCAAGAUCGGCUACUGUCAAGGUCUUGGGUUUGUGGUAGGCCCUCUGCUCAUGCACAUGACAGAUGCUGAGGCCUUUUGCGUUCUUGUCCGUCUCAUGGAUCACUACAACCUCCGAUCUUGCUAUCUUCCAGACCUCUCGGGUCUCCACCUUCAUGUUUAUCAGUUCCAAAAUCUUCUAGCACGACACAGGCCGGUCCUGUUCCAACAUCUCGAAGCACUCCACGUUGAGCCGGUCUACGUAUCACAGUGGUUCCUAUCGUUCUUUGCGGUGGCCUGUCCGUUACCGAUGCUUCUCCGAAUUUAUGACGUUAUCUUUUUGGAAGGAGCUUGCGAGACUCUGAUGCGGGUUGCACUUUCCCUGAUGCAGCGCAACGAGAAGAGAAUUUUGUCUUGCAGCGAAUUUGAAGACGUGAUGCAACUGUUGUUAUCUCGAAGCUUGUGGGACACAUACGCCUUCAAUGCUGAUGAUCUUGUUAAUGAUUUCGUGUCUCUCACCUCUCUCGUGACGAAAGAGAGUCUCCAAGCCCUUGAAACCAGCUACAACCAAUCUAAAGGCUCACCAUCCGGACCCUCCUUCCCGCAAAUGCAGGCAACGGCCUCUGGUUUCCUUGGGCGACUAUGGGCUGGCUCGUCCAACUCUCACAAUUUGGCCAAGUCACUCAAUCCGAAUACUAGCCCGUCACGUCAGAACAGUACCAUUCGUCGCUCUAUUUCUAAGCAGAGCCUGACAUCCACACUCAACUCCAUUGAAACUACAUCUGACGCGAGCACUGCUGCCACCGAACUAUCGGCGGCUGCAGCUAGCGUCGAUAUCCAAAAAUCACGCGUGAAAUCUAACGUGUCUUCGCAUCACAAAGAUCGCGACCUCCAUACCCAGAUUGAAGAACUCUUGAUGGCGCUCAGCGAUCUUCAGCGCCAACAAGCUAGCCUCACACGUGAGCUACAACAGGAGAGGGAGGAACGAGAGGAAGACCAUGCCCUGGCCAAGGAGAUGUUGAACCAUAUCAGAGAGCUGCUGACUGAGACGCAACCGGCCGAAUUGAUAACCAAAGCCCAAGCACGCUUUGAAUCAGUCAACCCGAAACGUAUUUCAAUCACUAAGACCAAGCUCCAGCUCAAUGACGAUGUUAUUCGAUGGAAGGAAAUGCAUGAGGUAGAAGCAGGCCGUUGCUUGAACCUCACACGGCGCAUCGACGAUUUUGAAAAGGAGAACUCGUCCCUCAAGGAACAAUUACGAGAAGCUCGGGGCCGGAUUCAAGAUGGUCAUCGGGAGCGACAGCGGCUCGAGCGUCUGAACCGGGAGCUGCGUACCUUCAAAACUCCUCUAUCCGAAACACCGCUAGAAACGACAAUUUCUUCUGCUGCCGACUCUGGGGACAACCAAUCUCCCACUAGUGGUCUGCGCGAAUUCAAGCUAGCCCGCACCAACUCCACAAAAAGUCCCACAUAUAACAGGCGGACAAGCAGUCUAGGUUUCCAGAGUGUGAUGUCGACGGAGAGUAACAAAACCGCCGCUGAAGAAGCAUUGCUCAUGGACUUGGUUAUUGCUAAGACAGCAGAGGCAGUUGCUAGGCAAGAGCUUGAGGAAGUAAAGGGCAAGUUGGAAUCAUUCCGGAAAAUGAUCAAGGCCUCCCAGGCUGCCGCAGCAAAUCCUGAAAACCGCCAUUCCUGUGUUGGAUUAUCGCAGUCGCGAUUCAGCUUGGCCAGUAAAUCUCCCAUCGAAGUCUCAAAGAAUCUUGGGACACCGUCCAGCAACAAUGGGGGAUUCUUCAGUGGAUGGGGUCGACGAACUGCGACUGACUAG